AUCAAUCUUCUUCAUACAAUACGUUUUCUAAAUUCUCACGAAACAUAUAAUACUUUUAGUAUUGAUGUCGAUUUCAUUUCAGCUCUUGUUCUCGCACGCACAGCUUCGUAAUUAUCAAUAUCGCACGAACAAAUACAAGAAGUUUCUUGAUAAAAUUGACUAAUUGAAAUGUCAACCUAAAUUAAAAAGAUAAACUUUGGCGAAAAAAAAAGGCAGGAGAAAAGAGAGAGCACACACAAAUCAACGGAGAAGAAAGACUUUCCCUGGGAGGAAAGAUGUUCACCGGAGAAGAAUGUCCUCCAUGAUCAUCUACAGGUUUCUUUGCUGCUUUUGGGCUGUGUUGAGAACGGAUGAUUCCUUUUCUCGAGGAAGAAUUGGGCAUUGGGGAGGGGGGAGGCUUGGUGUGUGUGUGUGUUUUGAUUACUGAUGAUUUCUGGUGGAGAGGGAAAGAAAUGGACUUGUCGGAAACCUGCUCUUGUAAGUCUACAAAAAGUGGUGGCAUCUUUGCUUCGGGAUCUGAGCCAGCCUUGUCUUUCACAAUCUGGGAUUCAAGUUGUUUUAAAUAUCGGCAAAAUGCUUAAGCCUCAGAAAUGGCAGGCUUUUUUCGAUUGCGAUGGAAAGGUUUCUGGUUUCCACAAGGCGCUCAAAUUAAUUAUUUUGGGGGGAAUCGACCCAUCUAUAAGAGCUCAAGUUUGGGAAUUUCUCCUUGGCUGUUAUGCAUUGGGCAGCACCUCCGAGUAUCGUAGGCAACUCAGGGUAGCUCGAAGAGAACGAUACAAUGAGCUGCUCAAGCAAUGCCAGAUGAUGCAUUCUAGUGUGGGAACUGGUUCACUUGCCUAUGUUGUGGGAUCUAAAGUUAUGGAUAUGCGAAAAUCAUACAAAAAUGAGGCUGUAAAGGAAGCUAUAGAUGAAGGCAGAGAAGCUUGUUUAGAUGGCAAUGAGAACACUGAAGAUCACCGUGAUUGGAGUAAUAAUGACACCAACAAAUCUCAUGUGCACAGAAGGGGAAGCUCCAGUGAGUCAGUUGACCUAGUAAAUGGAAGAGAAAGUCCUGAUAGCACAGUAUAUGAAACUUCUCCUUUUGUACCCGCGUCCAGUCCAUAUGGCUUUCCUUCCCCUGGUCCAUUUGCAGAUGAUAUCUUUGACUUUCCCUCUCUACCGGUUACAGAUUUGUUUGGGAGGAGUAGUUUAGGCAAGAAAGGGAUUUCUACUCCAGAUGAAGAAACUUCAACGCAUAGUGACUUAAGAUCGGAGGAUGAGGGAAUGCACAGUUUUCGAAUUUACAAGAAUGCAGAUUUAGUUAUAGAACCGCAUGGGUCUUCUAAUAGCAACGUAACUGUACAUCAUGAAUCUGUUGAAAAGUUGUCUCAUUCUGGCUGCACGUCAGAGAUUGUUGAUGGUUUGAGAAUAUCAGAUGUCCCUGAAACGCCGUCGGCAAGUGAGACUCCUACUCGAGGUGGGUCUGUAAAGAAAGAUCGAGUGUCUGAAUGGCUUUGGACAUUGCACCGAAUAGUUGUUGACGUGGUAAGGACAGAUAGCCACCUUGAGUUCUACGAGGAUCCAGGAAAUCUAGGAAGAAUGUCAGAUAUUCUUGCGGUCUAUGCUUGGGUUGAUCCUGCAACUGGUUAUUGCCAAGGAAUGAGCGAUUUAGUGUCUCCAUUUGUGUUUCUUUUUGAAGAUAAUGCUGACGCCUUUUGGUGUUUUGAAAUGCUCAUAAGAAGAACGCGUGCAAAUUUCCAGAUGGAGGGACCAACUGGAGUGAUGGAUCAAUUGCAAUCACUGUGGCGUAUAUUGCAACUCACAGAUAAAGAAAUGUUUUCACACCUAUCACGUAUUGGUGCUGAGAGCCUUCACUUUGCGUUCCGGAUGCUGUUAGUGUUGUUUCGACGAGAGUUGUCUUUUAACGAGGCUCUAAGGAUGUGGGAGAUGAUGUGGGCUGCUGAUUUUGAUGAGUCUUUUGCUGAAACUUUAGAGAAAGAUUGCUUGAAGCCGUUGGUUGUUCAGCUUCCAAAACGAUCUGGAGUUGAUAUGGGGGACCAUAAAAUAGAUGAUGGAAAUGGGACUACUACAAAUUGUGAACCAACUUCGAAGUGCGACCGAACUUCAAAGAAUGGACCAUUGUCAAAGUGCAGUCUGUUGUCCAAGAGCGGUCUACUGCCAGAGAGUGGUCCAUUGCCAAAAACUGGUCCGCUGUCUGAUGGUACUGGGAUGAAGCCAGCAGGUUCAUCCAAUUUCUGUGGCUUGACAAGAAGUUUAUGGUCUAGGAAUGAAAGAACCCAUGUCUCUUCUGUAGUUUCAUCCUGUGGGAAAGGAGAUGACCCUCUUCCAGUCUUUUGUGUGGCAGCUAUUCUAAUCAUGAAUCGGCAUAAGAUCAUGAAAGAAACUCACUCGAUCGAUGACAUGAUAAAGAUUUUUAAUGACAAGCUGCUUGCAAUUAGAGUGAGAAGAUGCAUACGUACAGCCAUAAAACUUCGUAAGAAAUACUUGUACAAGAAUCAGGUAAUCAAGAUUGAGAGCCACACUCUAUCUCAGAAUCAUAAACAGCAUCAGAUACAGAAUCAAACCGCGAUGGAGAACCAAAUCCUAGAGGAGUUUCAAAGUCAUGAUGAGAACUGUAGCCAAAGGCCAAGUUUAUGCAAUAGUCAUGUCCCUUAGAGAAUGAUGAGUAUGAUAGAUUCCACCAAUAAUUGUUAACUUUCUUUCUAGAUUUUUAGUCUGCUAAAAUAUACAAAAGAGUACAGUUUUAGAACCGGUAGGUCAUCUUUAGAUUUUUUAAAAGGUUUUGCUAUUUAAAGAUUCACUAGAUUCGGACCCGCACGUUCGUGCGGGGUUAUGUUUGUAUAUGUAUUUAUUUGGUAUAACAUUCACUAUCCUACCUCA